AUGCAGGUUGUCAGAUCAUCUGUUCAUAUCACAAGAGGCGCAAGAAAUUCUCGUUGGAAUGCGGAUGCUCAUCUUAGAGCUCAUGAACGAUCUGUGUCUAUUGAAGAAGAUGCCAUAUUACGUAUUGAUACUUGCCAAUUAGCAGCUAAUAGUCCCAUUGAAGAUUUCUAUUCUGCAGCGAAAUGCUUAUCAUCGCGUGCUCUAUUAGUCGGAGUUUUCGACGGGCAUGGAGGUCCCCAGUGUAGUCGACAUAUAUCAACCAAUUUAUAUCCUUAUUUGUGCGCUUCUGUGUUGAAAAAACAUGAGGUGGAAGAGAUCAACUUGGAGAAGCGUUUGGAAUGGAUUUUCAGUAGUGCAGAUGUUCAUCCUAAUCAGUUCUUAAAAACGAAAAGUGGAGCUGUAAUGAAGUAUUACAAUAAGUUUGUACGGAGCAACGAUUUCUACUUGGGCACAGUCCGCGAAGCUCUUAAAUCCGCUUUCGAGGCAUGUGAUGAAGAUUUGUCUCAAGCAGCUUUGCCGGAUGCCAAAGGACUCGUAGACAGGUUUUCUGUGCGGAUUGCAGCUUCCGGAUCUUGUUCAACACUAGCCCAUAUUCGUUCGAACCAUCUUCAUGUAGCUAAUUCGGGAGACGGUGCUGCCGUUUUAGGAAUAUCCAGUGCGAACGGAGGCGUUACAGCGAGGCAGCUCUCACGAGCUCAUUGCAUAGAUAAUCCCGACGAGGUACAACGCAUAAGAAAUGCCCAUCCGAGAUCGGAGACCAACAUUUUGCGUGGUGGACGUUUAUUAGGAGAAUUAUUCCCACUUAGAGCAUUUGGAGAUGUUCGCUACAAGUGGCCAUUGAACCUUCAGAAGGUCGUUCUAGAACCAUUGGGAAGCCCACCUCCUCCAAACCUUUUGACACCUCCUUAUUUGACGGCGUCUCCUGAAGUGUUCUAUCACAAAUUAACACAGAACGAUAAAUUUUUGGUGUUAGCAACAGACGGAUUAUGGGAGUGGUUAGACCCCGAUACUGUGGUUCGUCUUGUGCAUGACCAUACAUUAGGAACACAGACAUUGCAACCUUACCAACCCAAGCCUUCUACAAGUCUGAAAGAGGUUUACAAAGAGUUGCGAGAUCGUAAAAAAGGAGAACAGAAGCAAAAAAAACCGAUUGAUGACAAUUGUGCGACUCACAUCAUUCGUCAUGCUUUGGGAGGGAUCACAGGAGGUGCUAGUAGGCAAUACGAACGAUUAAUUGAUAUACUACAAAUGCCACCUGGCCGAGCUCGAAACUACCGCGACGACAUUUCCGUUAUUGUGGUGCAUUUUAAUGAGAAUUACUUGUCACAACUACCGGAUGAAGUGGACUAA